ACUUGAACGGAGGGAAGCUGCGACGCGCACCGCUGCUGCUGGUUCUGAGCCCCCGGCAGCCAUCAGACAUUCACCUGUCUAGGAGUUUAGCUAGCAAGCAAAAACAAAGUGUCUACAGUAAUAAAUUAAAGAUAGGAGCUGUAACUAGUUGUUGCAGUUGCAGGUUAAAAAUGUCUAUCUUACCGUUCACCCCUCCAGUUGUGAAGAGGCUUCUUGGCUGGAAGAAAGGAGAGCAGAACGGACAGGAGGAAAAAUGGUGUGAAAAAGCUGUCAAAAGUCUGGUGAAGAAGUUAAAACGGACGGGACAGCUGGACGAGCUGGAGAAGGCCAUCACAACACAGAAUGUCAACACAAAAUGCCUAACUAUACCCAGGUCUUUGGAUGGACGUCUGCAGGUUUCCCACAGAAAAGGUCUUCCUCAUGUGAUCUACUGCCGCUUGUGGCGCUGGCCGGAUCUGCAGUCCCACCAUGAACUCAGAGCUGCUGACCACUGUGAAUUUGCCUUUCACACCAAGAAGGAUGAAGUAUGUGUCAACCCCUAUCACUACCAGAGGGUGGAGACACCAAUUUUGCCUCCCGUUCUAGUGCCACGACAUACAGACAUCCCUGCCGAGUUCCCACCACUGGAUGACUACAGCCCAUCCAUCCCUGAAAACACCAAUUUUCCCGCUGGCAUUGAGCCCCAGAACAACUAUAUUCCUGAAACUCCCCCACCAGGGUACCUGAGUGAGGAUGGUGAGACAAAUGAUCACCAGCUUAACCACAGCAUGGACACAAGUUCACCCAGCCUGUCACCCAAUCCUGUAUCCCCUGCAAACAAUAAUCCUGACUUUCAACCUGUGACAUAUUGUGAAUCUGCCUUCUGGUGCUCCAUCUCCUAUUAUGAGUUGAACCAGCGUGUUGGAGAGACCUUCCACGCUUCACAACCCUCCCUUACAGUAGAUGGAUUCACAGAUCCCUCCAACUCCGAACGCUUCUGUCUGGGCUUGCUGUCAAACGUCAACCGCAACUCAGGAGUAGAACUCACACGCGGACACAUAGGUCGGGGUGUGAGGUUAUACUACAUCGGGGGUGAGGUGUUUGCAGAAUGUCUCAGUGAUAGCGCCAUCUUUGUCCAAAGUCCUAACUGCAACCAGCGCUAUGGGUGGCAUCCUGCCACUGUGUGCAAAAUACCUCCAGGCUGCAACCUGAAGAUCUUCAACAACCAGGAGUUUGCUGCGCUGCUCUCUCAGUCAGUCAACCAGGGAUUUGAGGCAGUCUACCAACUCACCAGGAUGUGUACUAUUCGGAUGAGUUUUGUUAAGGGAUGGGGAGCUGAGUACAGACGUCAGACAGUGACCAGCACCCCCUGCUGGAUAGAGCUACAUCUUAAUGGUCCCCUUCAGUGGUUGGACAAGGUCCUCACACAGAUGGGCUCCCCCAGCAUCCACUGCUCUAGUGUGUCCUAGGAGCAGCCCUCCUUCCCAUCCACACUCAAACCCCCCAUAGGAAUCAAUCCACAGAAACAGCAUUUCCCCUGCUGUGUUUGACAUUUCUCAUCACAUGUACAGCACUGUCUUUAGUGUCAUUUAGUGUCUCAAUUUCAUGGUCAUUGUAGGACAUUUUUAUGGGUUUUAUUAUUUUCAGAAGACAGAAAUGCAUCUUCAUGAUUAUUCUUUUACAUAUUAUGUCCAUCCUUCCUGUUAAUUAACUUUACAUUUCACAAAGGAGACUGAAAUGUUUGUUUUCCAAGUUGGAAGAUAUGCAGUUUCAACUUGGCCAUCGACAUGUUUUAAAACAUUUUUGAUUCUAUGAAUUAAUCAAUAUUAUGAAUAAGCCUUUAGUGUCCCAGCAAUCACUGAAUUGGGAAGCUUAUUUAUUAAACAAACGAUAAAUUAACAUGAGAAAUGUUAUUUAUAGUGACAGAAUAUAUUUCAUUAAUAUUUUAAGUAGAAGGUACUUUCCUUUAUUGAUUUAUGAUCAAUAAAGAAACCAAUUAUCUGAUCAGUGAAUUGGUAUUUUGUCUAGUUUUAAAAAAAAAACAGUAUCAGUGUUUCUGAUAUAGAGCCCUUGUAUUAAAAGUAUUUUGCUCAAUGAAA